AUGCGGUCCGCUCUGAGAAUGCGAUCUGCCCUGCUGGGUGCUGCUCGCAUGCAGCGCGCCAUGCCCAUCGCCCGCUUCUACAGCCAGGCCACAAAGCUGAAUGGCCUUGAUGCCUCGAAGCUCAGCAUUACCAAGACGAAGAGCCCCAAGGCUUUGUCCAAGCCCGAGGAUCUCGUCUUUGGCAAGGAAUUCACAGACCACAUGCUUGCCAUCGAAUGGAACAAGGAGCAAGGAUGGCUGGAGCCCAAGAUUACACCUUAUCAGAACCUAUCGCUCGACCCCAGCUCGUGCGUCCUGCACUACGCCUUUGAGUGCUUCGAGGGCAUGAAGGCCUACAAGGACAAGAAUGGCCGCGUCCGCCUCUUCCGUCCCGACAAGAAUAUGGAGCGCUUCAACAAGUCUUCGGCCCGCAUCGCCCUGCCCACCUUUGACUCCGAGAACUUGAUUGCCCUCAUCUCCAAGUUUGCGCAGCUCGAGUCGCGCUUCAUCCCUGACCAGCGCGGCUACUCGCUCUACCUCCGCCCGACCAUGAUUGGCACCCAAAAGACGCUCGGCGUCGGCACCCCCGGCUCCGCCCUGCUCUUCGUCAUUGCCUCCCCUGUCGGCCCCUACUACCCCACCGGCUUCAAGGCCGUCUCCCUGGAGGCCACCGACUAUGCCGUCCGCGCCUGGCCCGGCGGCGUCGGCGACAAGAAGCUCGGCGCAAACUACGCGCCCUGCAUCGUGCCCCAGCAGGAGGCCGCCAGUCGCGGCUUCCAGCAGAAUCUCUGGCUCUUUGGAGAGGAGGAGUAUGUCACCGAGGUUGGCACCAUGAACAUGUUUGUCGCCAUCAAGGACAAGGCCACCGGUCAAAACGAGCUCAUCACCGCUCCGCUCGACGGCACCAUCCUCGAGGGCGUCACGCGUGACUCCAUCCUCGGCCUUGCCAGGGAGCAUCUCGCUCCCGCCGGCUGGAAGAUUAGCGAGCGCAAGUACACCAUGCAGGAGCUGUAUGACGCUGACCAGGAGGGUCGCCUUAUCGAGGCUUUCGGUGCUGGCACGGCUGCUAUUGUCAGCCCUGUCCGCAAGAUUUCCUGGAAGGGAAAGAUGGUCAACUGCGGUCUCAAGGACACAGAGGAGUCUGGUGAGAUUGCGCUCAAGAUGAAGGACUGGAUCGAAAAGAUUCAGUAUGGCGACGACCAACACGAGUGGAGCUACGUUACUCCUCAGUAA